GCCUUACGACGCGACGCGACGUGGGUGAGUAGUCAAUUGUCUGAGAAUGUGAGAAUGCGCGAGUGCGCGGUGCGGGAGUACCUGUUGAUUGAGAGAACAAAGGCGAUUACUUAGUUGACUCGAGGAAGGAAAGCCUCGCUUUGUUGGCGUUUAAAAGUGGGACUAUGGCGGCAUACGUUCCCCUCCCUUCUUUAUCUCAACACCGAAGAGGCUUGCUCUUACACUUUUCAAGCUAACUUCCGCCGACAACAAGCGAGUUACAACGCUGAGAGAAACAAUCGACCGGAUCUAACCCGGUGAAUCACGCCCCCGCGUUCCUCGCUGCGCUGUGGAUCUUGUGAGAGUCAGGAGGGUCUGAGCAACACCUUACCAAGGGAGACGAAAGCCACGGCGUCACAGAUCGAGAUCUCGUACCCGCCGGGAAGACCCAUCUCGCCAUAAUCAACUGAGACAGUACGGUGUCACCAUGGCUAUUGCGGCAGUCGGCCAGAUCUGCGCCACAGCAUCAAUCAAGGGAAAUCUGGAUCAAUGUGCGAGACUUGUAGGAAGGGCGGCAGCAGGAGGAGCUAAGAUUCUCUUCCUGCCUGAAGCAUCCGACUACAUCGCCCUCAACGCCCAGGCCUCGCUGGACCUUGCGGAGUCGCAGUCAACCUCUCCCUUCGUGGCGGGACUUCAAGAUGCCGCGCGUACGCACGGCAUCGCCGUCCACGUGGGUAUCCAUCAUCGCCCUGCUGCAGGUAGCAAGUUGCUGAACCGGAACCUGUACAUCGACGCCAAGGGCGAGAUCAACGAUGCGGCAACGUAUGACAAACUUCACGUAUUUGACUACGGGUCUCUGAAAGAGAGCGCAACGGUCCAGCCUGGACCGUCACUAACAGCACCGUUCGAGUCCCCGGUCGGCCGCAUCGGCAGCCUCAUCUGCUUUGAUCUGCGGUUCCCGGAGGCGGCUCUGGCUCUGGCUCAACCCGGUGCGAACAGUGCUUGGGCACAACGACCGGCGCAGAUUUUGACGUACCCAAGCGCGUUUACACUACGAACUGGAGUGGCGCAUUGGGAGGUUCUACUCAGAGCGCGAGCGAUUGAGACGCAGAGCUGGGUAAUUGCCGCGGCGCAAGUAGGGUUACACAAUGAGAAGCGGGCGAGCUACGGCCACAGCAUCGUCGUGGAUCCCUGGGGCAAAGUAAUGCUUCAACUCAAGGGUGUAGUCGAUGCAAAGACGGCGGGGGUCCCAGAGGGCACCGCCGAGGACGGUGCGGUGGAGGAGUUGGGUUUCGUCGACAUUGACCUUGGGCAGUGGGAGCGGAUCCGGAGUGAGAUGCCGCUGAAGCGAAGGACGUAAGUGUUGCGUUGCUUUCUUUUGUUGUAUUAUUUCUUGUUUGGUUGCUUGUCUCUGAUUGACGUAUCUCAUUAUUGCUUGCUUUUUUUCCUGUUGUCUCUGCCAUGUUUCGGCAUAUCUGUGUCGCUAUUGGAUCGACCAUCAAAAUGGCUUGCUUGCUAACAGGAUACAGCGACGUCUACCCCGAGCUCACCCCCACCAUUUCAUCUUCAAUUUUGGAGAGCUGAUAAGACUAUAAGGGAGUGGCAUGGGGUUGAAUCUCAUAGCGCACAUGUUGUCAAUAGAGCAUAGAUCGGUAUUGUAGAGUUGUGUUGCUAUCUGUGCGCACUAGACAUUGACAGUUAUCAACGAACUUGCUAAAUAGGCGUCUAGGAAAUUAUCAAAAAUUCAACAAUAAAGAUCAAAUGCUACUGAUUUCAUGAGACAUACUCAUUCG